UGCAGUCUCUGCUCCAUCUCCUGGCGCUACUCUCUGCCCCAUGUCUUUAUCCAACACUGUCCCUGGUGCAAGCCCACCCUGACCAGGCAGCCGGGGCUCAGUCCUGUCUAACUCCGCCCAGUGGAAGCGGGGUUCCCUCCCUCCUUCCUACUCACUACUUCUGCCUAACUCCUGUAAGUCUGUGGCGGUCGGUUCCUCUGCCGGGGUGGGUGCUGGUCGGGUCCUAGUGGAGAACUGUCACCCGUUGUCGUGUGCUGGAAUCGAGGACUGCAGCCUGUUGCUUGCUCUCCCUGCCUGUUAACUCCUCUUUAACUGAAACGUGAUUAAACCCAGCUCUGAUUCCGCCUUAGCUCAGAUCAUAUCGGCAGUGGACCUCAAGAGAGGAUCAGGCGAUGGCAAGGAUUGGAUUCACUUCUGGUUCGCCCACCUGCACCAAGAGUAAGUAAUACCAAAGGUUUGGAUCAGUGCACAGAGUUCUGUGUUUCUCCUCAACCCUGUGGUUCCUCAUUUGAUGAUCCUUCAUUCAGUCAUGUCGAAUCAUAUGGACCUCCUCACAGAACUCCCAUUCCUGGAGAGGCUGCCUACCCCAGACCGCCUCAGAGCUGCAAAGAAACGCCGGACGCAACAGCUGAAAAAAUGGGCACAGUAUGAGAAAGAGAUGCAGAAUAAGAAGAGGAAAACUGACAAGAAGAAAAACACAGAGAAUCACCAACGAGUCUCCUUCACUCCGAAUGUUAUGCUCUUAGAGGCUUCAUCAAGGAAUGAUAUUGAAGAAGUGAGCCUCUUGCUGAAAAAGAAUGUGAACCCAGAUCUGUGCAAUGAAGAUGGACUCACUGCAUUACAUCAGUCCUGUAUCGAUAACUUUGAAGAGAUGGUAACACUGCUUUUGGAUCAUGGCACCAACGUGGAUGCGAAGGACAAUGAGCUGUGGACGCCUUUGCAUGCAGCUGCCACGUGUCGACACACCAACCUCGUCAAAAUCCUCAUCGAACGGGGAGCUGACUUGCUGGCAGUCAAUGCAGAUGGGAACAUGCCCUAUGACUUGUGUGAUGAUGAUCGGACUCUAGAGAUCAUCGAGACAGCAAUGGUUAACCAGGGGAUCACUCAGGAGAAAAUUGACCAAACCCGCACUGCAAUAGAGCAGCAAAUGAUUAUAGACAUCAAAGAUGGUAUUCAGGCGGGUGCUGAUCUGAAUGCAAGAGAUGCACAGGGAGCCACCUUGCUCCAUGUGGUUGCUGCCAAUGGGUACUGCACAGUUGCUGAGCUCCUUCUCGAACACGGGGCCAAAGUAAACAUCAAGGACCAUGAAGGCUGGGAACCACUGCAUGCAGCUGCCUGCUGGGGUCAGAUGCAAAUUGCAGAAUUGCUGACAGCUCACGGUGCGAGUCUCAACGCCAAGACGAACCUGAAAGAAACACCAAUUGAUCUCUGUGAUGAUGAGGAGUUCAGAGUCUUACUUCGACAGCUCAAGCACAAACAUGAUAGCAUCCUGAAAUCGCAGGGCAAGAACAAGUCAUCUCUAAGCAGGAGAACCUCUAGCGCUGGAAGUCGAGGGACGGUGGUGCGGCGAGCCAGUGUGUCGGACCGAAAUAAUUUGUACAGGAAAGAAUGCGAGCAGGAAGCAAUUAUCUGGCAGCAGAUGGGGCAGAAGGAAAUGGAAAAGGAAAUCGCAGGCAGUGACGGAGAAGAUAAAGACUCCUACAAGGAUCAGGAGAAUGUGACCCCGAGUCUGUCAUCCAACUCCCAAAAAGAUGUGACGGAACAAGUUGGGUCUGUGGAAGAAUCGGCAGAUAUUGGCAGAAAGAACAGUCCUUCACUCUCAACUUCCCGGCGGUCUUCGUCCGACACGGAAUCCUUGAGGAUAUCGCCGGCGCCGGAACGAGCAAACGGCCAGGCUGUGCCUGACAAUUCCAGCCCUGCUCCUUCACCACAGCCCAGCAGGGACAGGAGCAGCCAGACGCUGUCGGAGCUGAAGCGACAGCGAGCGGCCGCCAAGCUGAAGAAGCAACUGUCUCAGGAAGCAGCUCUGGCCAACGGCCUGGGGAGCAUCUUAGAAAGUGAGCAGCUUCAGUCCAAAGGCAGCCCGGUGGGCUCGAGGACACCGGAGGUCAGUCCCAAUGGGAACUCGCUCUAUUAUUACCAGCCCAGUGGGGACCCUCCGUUAUUAAAACUGAAGGCACCAUUGGAGGAACUGGAUGCUAAGGGACAGGGCUGCUGUAGGAUUGUGUGAUGAAAGGAAAGGACCUGCAAAUGUGUUCUGUUACACAUUGCACUUGGGCCAGAGAUGGUUACACAUUGGUAGCUGCUACAUUGAAGUACUGACGUGAGGAUGUUAAUUUAAGCACUAUUUUAAUUCAUUGACAACUGAAUUCUCUGUAACUUUAUGGAGUUCUUUAUUCUGCAAGGUAAGAGAGAAUGACUGUGUAACUGUUUGGAGUUCCUGGCCAUCAGUAUGGUAAGGAUUCCGCACUGUAUUACUGUACAGAGUUUCUGACUCAUUUGGGACUGUCCUUUUUUUAUUCUUCGAUGCUGCAGGAUUUAAAGAGUCAUAGGGUCAUAGAGAUGUACAGCAAGUUUAAUCCAUUGGUAUUUAAUUGAAUGCCAGUUCAGCACUCAGCAUCUGUAACCAGUUUAUGAAAACGACUGUCCAUUUUGAAUGGUUUCUUUUAAAGUAAACAAUUCGCACAGUACCAGAUUGAACAAUGCUGCAUUUUGUUUUAAUGUGAGCAACUGUUGUAGAGCUUGUCCUAUUUAAGGUUAAUCCAGCAUCAAUGUUACUCCUGUCUUCAGGAGACUGCACUGCACUCUGCAGGAACUUGGAGGGAGAAAUGAUUCAUUGAGAAAUAGCUGUUUAUAGUUCAGAGAUAUUAACCUCUCACUCAUGGACAGGUUGGGUUAUCUGUACAACUGAAAAUGAGAAGAUAUGGAAGUGUUUUCCCAUUUGUCACUGAGGGAUAUUGAGUACUUCCAAGUUGGUCCUGCAGUGGUCAAUUGUGCUUUUGUAGCUAGAAGCCAGUAACUCUGCCCUGCUUCACUGAAGCCAUUCUGCCCUAGACUGGGAAAUACUCCCUUUCCCAUGUGCAUUUCAUCUCUACUGCAGCUGGAGGCAACUUUGCUUCUUGUUGGAGAGCUAUGUAGGAGUCCGGUAUUUCUUUAAAACCAGCAUUGCUUACAAUCCUGUUCUACCAAAAUCCUGCUCCCUGUCAAACCCAACUCCAUUAUUUUGGAGGGAUAACAUUCCGUGUAACGGUGAACAAGGAAUUGAAUUAUAGCAACAUGUACGAUAGCAACUGUGAUUGUCAUGUGAUCAUCUGGUAUGGUCACAUGGCAAUAUUUUCACUGUGUUAAAAAUAUCCAAAUGUAACACUCAAAGCUUAACUUGACAUAUCCCAUAGUCGUCUUGGCUGACAUUUGGAAGUCCCCAUUGUCCCAGAGGGCCAUAGGGCUGUCCUCUCACUGGAGAGAGAGAUAGGAGACAAGUGGUGAUGAAUUUCACUCAGGGUCACCAGGCCCCAGAUAAGUAGGCAGGGCUUUUAUAACCUUCAGCCAGUUUGGAAAUUGAGCCUGCUCUGUUGGCAUCACAAAUCAACUAUCCUGCCAACUGAGCUAACUGACACCUAGACUGGCAUUUCACCCUCCGAUCAGUCCCAUCAGAUUCGCUGGUUAGUUAUUACACUGUUGGUUGUGAAUCUUGCUGACUGCAAGUUGCCUGGCAUGUUUGCCUACAAAACUAGAGUGACUGUACUGCAGAAGGUUCUGAGGAAGUGAGUUGUGUUAUCCAGAUGUAAAUUUGUCCCCCUUUUUUUAAUCCAGCAUCUCACUUAACCUUGUGCGCUCUCCCAUACAGCAGACGUUGCCUCUUUUUCAUGUUGCCACCCAAACCUGCGUGAAUCAAGACAGCUUUCUUCCUCUAUUCUUGAUCUGCAACAAUUCCCUCUACUCCCCCUUUCCUGAAGCCAUGCUAGUGUACAGAUUCUCAAGGUCCAGCAGCUUUGGUUAGCACUGCUGCCUCACAGCGUCAGAGACUUGGGUUUGGAUUCCACCUCGGUGACUGUCUGUGUGGAGUUUGCACAUUCUCCGGGUGCUUCAGUUUCCUCCCACAGUGAAGAGAGUGAGCUCUGCAGAUGAUGGAGAUCAGAGUCAAAGAGGGUGGUGGUGGAAAAGCACAGCAGGUCAGGUAGCAUCCAAAGAGCAGGAGAACCAACGUUUCAAAUAUAAGCUCUUCAUCAGGAAGAUGAAGGAAAACAUCGACUCUCCUGUUCCUCGGAUGCUGCCUGACCGGCUGUGCUUUUCCAGCAACACACUUUUGGACUUACCUCUCUCAGUCCAAGGACAUGCAGGGUUAGGCGAAUUGGCUGUGCUAAAUUGCCUGUAGUGUCCAGGGACAUGCAUUUUAGGUAUUUGGCCAUGCUACAUGUAGGUUUACAGGGAUGGGGUGGGCGGAUGGGUCUGGGGAGGCUGCUCUUCACAGGGUUGGUCUGGACUCAAUGGGCUGAAUGGUCUGCUUCCACAAUGCUGGGAUUCUAAGAUCCAUUGCUGAGUGGGAAUCUCGGCUGGGCUUUGGGACACAUGGUUCAAUGAAGAAUUAGGAUCAUUUUAACUUUUACUGGGGACAGAAAAUGAGGAGCUGCAGAUCAGAUGGCCAAAUAUUCCUCUCCCACACCUCCACCUCAAUCCUCCCUUUCAUUGAAUGGAAAAGAAUGUGUGCUCUGUCAAGAGUUGUUACUUCAAUGAGUUGGUUGUACGAAAGAAAAAAGAAAAGUAAUCAGACGGAUGCUAAUGUGUGCCAGAGUUGACAGGAUUAACAGAAAUUUGAUGAUGAACCAAAUACCUCAAAGAGGGCGGGGAAAAGUGAGAUCCUUUUUUUCUGAAUUGUCCAUGUGUGCAUCUUUUAAUUGGACAAAUUUACUUUUUCACAGUGAAUUUGUUAUUGAAUGCUUCUCGGUCACAGCAUGAAAUAACCUGUCACGAGGCGAAGUAACUUCCAGAAUCCCACUGCAAUGCUCUUUCUGCAAACUCAAGCCCUGUCAGUGAGUGGCUGUCAUCUUCUUCAGCCCAGAAGGGCUAUCUCAGAGGCCCUUGGCACUUCUUCAUUUAACACUGGGAUCAUCAACUUAGAGAUGGAAACUUUAUUGGAUUCUUUCCCCAUCUCUCUCUCUUUCUCUUUCUCUUCCUGCACAUUGGAAUCGAUUGUACUGCCCCUGUAACAUUUAAGUGAGAUCUGCCAGUUUAACGCAAACUUGGAACCUGUCGGGUGUAUAUUGCUCAGCAAUUACAUCACAACAGUGACUACCCUGGUUACAAAGAGUUUGGCUACACUCCCUAAAUAUUUGGAGGGAACAAAUUUUCUUACUGAAAGGAUAAUAAUUGUAUUUUGGGGAGCAAGAUUAUUGUCAACAACUGAUUACAGCUGUAAAAAUAAUCAGUGUGGUAUGUCUGAGUAGACUGUUGAUCUGCAAUGUUAUUUGCAAUGCUAUUUUAAACAGCAUUGUGUUUAGCUGUUUUUAACAGCAAUAUUUAACAGACCAGUCUUUUCCACUCUUUAGAUUUGAGUUGAUCGUAAAACACUGGUGAAGUGCUAUUAGAGUUGGUACUAUCAAGAAGUCGGUUCAGAAGGGAUUAUUGACUGGAAGCUCUCUAAUUCAUAACAAAAUUUCCUCCAAAUCCCUUUGUUAAUCAGUGUAAUGGUAAUGCCAUUGGACUAGUAAUUCAGAAACCUAGGCUAAUGCUCUGAGAACUAAAUACAGAAAAUACUGGUUGAAAUUCAACAGUUCUGACAACAUCUGUAAAGAGAGAAACGGAGUUAAUGUUCAGAAUCCAAUCUGACUCUUUUUCAGAACUCAAUAUUUGAGGGACCCAGGUUUCAAUCCAACCAUAAUGAAAUAAGAAUUUUAUUUUAAAAAAAGCUCAUAUUAACCUUGUCUAAUGGUGACCAUGUGUCGAUCCGGUUCACUAAUGUUCUUCAGGGAAGAAAGUUUGCCUUCCUUACCUGGUUUGGCCUGUAUGUAACUCCAGACCUACAACAGUAUGGGUGACUAUUAACUGCCCUCUGAAAUGGUCAAGAGAAUCAAUCAUUCAAAUGAAAUUAGGGAAGGAUAACAAAUGGUGACCUUGCCAACAAUGCCCAGGUCCCACACGUGACUUAAAUAAAAAUUAUGAUGCUGUAAUUUCUUGCUAUGGGAACUGGCUCACAGCUAAGUGCUCAGUAUGUCAGCUGUCUGAUACAGUUAGGGGCAUACUUUGGAGCCUCCACCACAUAUGGGCACCCUGCUUGAACUGAUGAGCUGUAAUAAUCUACCUAUUACAACCCACAGUGGAUCAGUGAACUGGCUGUCAGUGUUUCUGAGUAUCCAUAGAAUCGCUAAAGUGUGGAAACAGGCCAUUCAGCCCAACAAGUCUGCAAGGACCCUCCAAACAGCAUCCCACCCAGACCCAUCCCUACCCCAUAUCUCUCCAUGGCUAAUGCACCUAACCUAUGAGCAAUUUAGCAUGGCCAAUCCACCUAAUCUGCACAUUUUUGGAUUGUAGGAGGAAACCAAAGCAACUGGAAGAAACCCAAGCAGACACAGGGAGAACGUGCAAACUUCACACAGACAGUCACCCGAGGGUGGAAUCAAACCCAAGUCCCUGGUGCUGUGAAGCAGCAGUGCUGACCACUGAGUCCCCUGGAGUACUGCAGAGUAGCAGCUUAGCCUUUUCUAGUUGCUGGGAUUUGAUGUAUCAGUAUGGUUGAGUGUUAUAGGGUGGGUGAGUAAGCCUGUGGAGGAACUCUAAAUGUUCUUUGUUACUGGACCCUAAAAAUUCUUAACUCCAAUUGGUAUUGACUCACUGGAGAGGCAGGGUUUACAGAAUUAAUGUUCAGAUGAACAAAAACAAACCUUCAAAUUCUGAUUAAUUGACAGAGCAACAGAGUGGGAUGGUGUCAGACGGAGGAGCUGAUAUAUACAAAGGCAAACAAAAGUGGAGUGUCACAGCAGGGUGUCUCCUGAUCAACUACAGGGAACUCUCUGGUAAACAGGGAAACCAUUCUCUCCAAACAUUUCUCCUGGCAUCAGCGAUGUCAAUGAGACUUAGGCAGAGUGAACACAGGACUGUAGCAGGAGAAGAUCAAAGAAAUGACAAGUUGGCAAAGAACCCUCCACCUUUCUGCCAUUCUUGAUGUCCUCCUAACCCUGGAGAGCUGUAAAAGCCAAAGGAGAAUCUCAGCACUGAGAGCUGUGGCGUUUUUUAAUGCCCCAAAUGUUGUUCAUUUUAUGUUUCCAAUGAUCAUAUUUAAAGCUUUACAAUUUAACUGCUUUUAAUUUGCAAAUGGAGAGGCAUUUUAUCAGGUAAACUGGAGGAGAAAACGGAUGUGGAGAAAUAGCACUCAUUGUUCAAGCUAAUAUGUAGGACGAUGCCAUUGAGCGGAUUAUCCCUCAAGAGUAGACAAAGUUCACCUUUUGAACCCAAAGUUUCAUGAUCAAUCUAUUGUGACUUUACUCUCACCUGAUUAAAUAGGAGAGCGAUAUUAAAUGAGAAAGGACAAAACCUUUAUUGAUAAAUGCAAAAGUCUGAAGGAGCUUGAUAGGGUAGGUAUUGAGAAUUUGUUUAGAGGGAUAUGGGCCAAACUUGGGCAAAAGGGACUAGUUUAGCUAGGGAAACAUGAUUAGCAUGGAUGAGUUGGACCAAACAGUCUGUUUCCAUGAAGUAUAACCCUGUGAUUCUAUGACUCCACAUUCCCACAAGUGGGAUCUUUCAAGCUAGGGACAUCUUUACAGAAUAAGUGGACACUUAUUUAAAAUUGAGAUACAAAGAAACGUCAUCCAGCGGGUAGUGAGUGUCUGAAAUUCUCAAACCCAGUGAGUUGUGGAGGCUCAAUCACUGAAAAUAUUUGGAGGAGGUAGAUAGGUUUUUAAAAUAUCAGACAGUUUUAGGGCUAGAACGAGGUGGCUCAGGAGAGGAGAUGAGGCCUUGGGGCAGUUAAGUCAUGAUCUUGUUGAAUGGUGGGGUAGGUUUGAGAGGCUGUACGUGCUUAUGUUCUCAAAUGUCCCUGGGUUCAAUCCACAGCCUCUUAGAGGCUGCAGGAAAUUGAGUAAAUCCUUGUCCAGCCAUUUGAAGGAGAGAAUGGGCUAUGGGGUAUCUUCCUAGAUUGUAACAGUUCCACCCCCCCACUUCAUUUUUGGAAAGUACAUAUAUGGACAAAGAUUUGGAUAUUGCAUGAGUUGUUUCAACUGAGCCUACCAUCCCUGACUAAAGGUGGGGGAAAGUGAAAAAUGCCAUGUAACCUUAAGUAUAGAAGUUGUACUAUGAUCGGUGAUUCUCAGAAUAUGAUUAUCUCUGGUUAAAGUGUGCUUAUGAUUUAAUCAUGUCGCACAGCAAUGACACUGCAACCACAAUGAGGUACUGUUGUACUGGCUUGAAGUACACACUUAAUGUUGGCAUCCAGUGUACAGCUUUUUGUAAAAUUUGGAGCUGCAUUGGGUUAGUGCCACUGGUGUGAACCUGUCACCACUUGGUGGUUUAAUAAAUGACACAAACCUGAAAGGUUUUACCAGGACAGAAGUCAGAAGGUUACGUUAACGUUCUAUUCCUCAGGGAAAAUAAUCAAGACAGGCAACCUAUUUCAAUCCUUUGUAAUUCAAGUGGGUGUAAAUUGCUUACUCAACCAUGUUAAGUUACCAAAGGGAGCCUAUUUCUCUGGUUGUCCUAUGGAAAAAAACAUUUGGCUAAUAAUAGGAUCAGGCUCUCUUUAAUGGCCCCACAGGGUUGAAAGGUUUAUUGCUACUCUCAAAUAUGCUUCAAUUGAUGAUUUAACUACUGUGCCCAAUACUGUUUACAAUGGCAGUAAUUCCAUUCAGGACUUUUUGUGGUAGAGGUUGGUGCCUUUGUGAUUUUUGUGUUAAAGAGGAGAUGAACAGGCGGGCAUAAAUUCAUUGUAUUUUAUCAUGAGCAGCAUGUGUCUUUUUUUUCAGAAAUGGGUCAAUGUCAUUGACCUUUGGAGUCAGUAGUGUGUGCACAAGUUGUGUUUUCACCUUUUUCUGCAGAUUUUGCUUUCGCCUUUGGUUGUUGCAUGUGCUAUUUUAUGCACUGGAGCAAGACCUUAUUGUAUAUCAUUUGGAACUACCCAAAACUUCUGAUAAAAUAAAAACUGUACAAUAUAUAGUUAUAUAUAUAUAAUGUGUUGAAUGUUGUUUAUAUUUUUAUAAAUGUC